GCCACCGCCACUUGGCCGCCAUCGCUAGCGACGUCGUCGAGUCACUUGCCUUCACUGCCUACGUCGACCUCGAAGAUGAACAAGACGGUGAAGGACUUGACUGCGGGGACGGCUGGUGGCAUUGCCCAGGUCCUUGUGGGCCAGCCAUUCGACAUCGUGAAAGUGCGGAUGCAAACUUCUGCUGCGGGCACGUACAAGGGCAUGCUCGACUGCGCCGGGCAAAUCCUCAAGAACGAGGGUCCGCUAGCCUUCUACAAGGGUACCGUUCCGCCUCUCCUCGGCAUCGGCGCCUGCGUAUCGAUCCAGUUCGGCGUGCUUGAAUACACGAAGCGAUUCUUCGCAAGCCAAAAUUUGUCCAGGGGGCUUGGUGGACCCGACGGAACAAGUCUGACCGAUGGCCAGUUUUACUGGGCAGGUGUCGCCGCUGGCGUGGGCAACAGCGUGGUCUCGGGUCCGGUGGAGCAUAUUCGUAUCCGUUUACAAACACAAUCUGCGGUUAAUCCAACCUAUGCUGGGCCAUUCGAUGCCGUGCGGAAGAUAUACUCGGCUCACGGUAUCGCCGGUAUCUACAAAGGACAGGUUGUCACAUUAUGGCGUGAAGCAGCUGGCUACGGCAUAUAUUUCUGGGCGUAUGAAAAGCUCGUGCAGAGGGAAAUAUCGAAAAAGGGAAUUAGGAGAGAUCAGAUAUCCGCCCUGAACGCGGUGCUGUACGGUGCUGGAGCCGGAUAUGCUCUGUGGGCGGUCAUUUACCCAAUUGACAUGAUCAAAUCCCGGAUGCAAACUGAUGGCUUCUCGCCUUCCACCGGCCAGAAAUACAAGUCUACGCUCGACUGCGUACGCACGGUAUGGCGCACAGAAGGAAUAAGAGCUUUCACCCGGGGGUUAGGUCCUACGUUGAUCCGGUCGCCCUUCGCAAAUGGAGCAACCUUCCUGGGCUUUGAGAUGGCUAGCAGGGUUUUGAAUAACUCCUAGUUCCUGGUCCUGAACACCGUCUAUCGGUACGAUAGCCGAUUCGACCACCACAAGUUACGCAAUUUGAAAACCGGGUUCAACUUCGGACAAGUUAUCUAACGAUGGAUGCGGAGAUAUACCGAUAAACAUAGAGUUAACGUUAGAAUCUGCAUAAUCCAUAGACGAUGUAUUGAUCUUCUGUCUCCAUCUAGUCGUUGCUUUGUAUUCUGCUGAUCUUCAAAUUAGUUCUUUGCGCUUGGUUUUUGUUCCG